CAGCAAAGAAGAACAUUUGUGUUGUCGAAAUGCAACGAGAGCGGUGACAUUUGAAGCCUCUGGAAGUUGAACGGUAGGCGACCAGAAGUCCUACGGUUUUAUUCCCAAACUAUGUAUUUGUGACACACCGCCUUUUCAAAUCGGAUAAUAUUGGACACCGGGUGGGCAGCUGUGUUUGGUAGCUCCGCUUUCUACCGCCAGCUGACAGCGAGCUAGCUGCUGCUGCAACUCUGCAUCUGUUCGUCGCGAUCAUGAGUGAAGAUGACAAUUCGGUAUCGGCCAACAAAGACAAGGACUCGACUCUGUUGCUCACUAAAGACGGCCAGAGGUACUACGUGAGUAAGAGCGGAGUGGUCGACAGCAGGAAUGUGAUAACGCCGCACGAGCCGGACAACAACGUCUCCUCCUACGACAUGGACGACCCCGACGAGGAGAGCGACGUGCUGGACACGUCGGAUCCCAGAGACAGCGCCGCCAGCCCGGAGGAGCUCAACGACGAGGACACCUCGGAGGGCGACAGCGCACCCAAACAGUGCACCUACGAGGGCUGCACGGAGACCACGACGCAGGUGGCGAAGCAGAGGAAGCCCUGGAUGUGCAAGAAGCACCGCAACAAGAUGUACAAGGACAAGUACAAGAAGAAGAAGAGCGACCAGGCCAUGUCCACUGGAAAGCUCGACGAAAACUCCGAGGAGCGUCCGGUGUCUGUGAACAAACAGCGUCUGGGUGCCAUGGGCGACCGGCCAGCCAGACCCUCCCUGAUAGAGCAGGUCCUCAACCAGAAAAGACUGUCACUGCUGAGAAGUCCUGAGGUGAUCAGCUUCCUGCAGCAGCAGCAGCAGCUCCUCGCCACACAGAGCCGCAGCCAAUCACAGCAGCAGUUCCAGGGCUGUUGACGUCGGCCCGUCAGUGUUUUACUUUGUAUUUUGGACAGAGAGCACUGAAGAAACACUGGCGCGUCAUGCGUAACUGGAUAGUAACCGUGCACUGUAAACAUCACUUUCCCCAGCAAGACAGCCGUGCAGAAGAAAAAAAUAACAUGGUGAUCAAGAAACGUUUUGAAGGCGUUUUGAGACUGGUGGACAGAACUAGGUGAACUGAUCCAAAUCCCCCAAAAGGCAUACAUUUCUGAGCAUGUCUGGUGCUAUUUCUUUUCACUUUUACUUGUGAAUCGACUUUUUAUUCCCCAUUCUUUGCGUUAGUCCCCUGUCUCGAUGUGAAAAUACUCAUGCAGGCAUUGGAUUGCGAUUGUGUAAUCAAAGUUAUUCAGAUGUCGAAGCCUCAGUUUAACUGAAACAUCCUGUGAGCUCAAUUUGAUCCUCCUGUCUGUUCUAUCGCUGAAAAAAAGCCCAUUACAGUUUCUUUGUGUUUUUGAGUGUGUGUGAUACUUUCCAGUCUGUUUUUUCUCUUAAUUAAUUAUUCAUUUAGUUUUCCACCUAAUGUUGUCUCUUGAACAUGAACGUGUGUGUUACAUGUGACAAUCAAUUGUGUAAUGCAUGUAUGGAGCCCUGUUGUAGCUCAGACUUUCAGGACUUGUUUUUAACCACACAAACUGUAUACAAAAAGGAACGCGCAUUAAGUUAGUUGGGAUUAAUAUUGAUCAUGCUCGCUAUGUUGUACUCUCCCUAACUGUAUGUGGUUCCUGUGUUUUUAAGUUGAAGUGUAUAUUCUGCUGUGAGUACGAGAGUAAAAAAUUAUUAACUUAA